CUCACUCUGUUCCACUGUAUAGGCUCCCACGAUUCAUUCAGCUACUGGGUAGAUGAAAAGUCCCCAGUAGGGCCUGACCAAACCCCAACUAUCAAACGCCUCGCCAGGAUCUCCUUGGUGAAGAAGCUGAUGAAGAAAUGGUCUGUGACUCAGAACCUGACAUUCCGAGAACAGCUAGAAGCUGGGAUCCGCUACUUUGACCUGCGUGUGUCUUCCAAACCAGGGGAUGCUGACCAGGAGAUCUACUUCAUCCACGGGCUUUUUGGCAUCAAGGUCCGGGAUGGGCUGAUGGAGAUCGACUCAUUUCUUACACAGCACCCACAAGAGAUUGUCUUCCUGGAUUUCAACCAUUUCUAUGCCAUGGAUGAGACCCAUCACAAAUGCCUGAUUCUCCGGAUUCAGGAGGCCUUUGGAAACAAGCUGUGCCCGGCAUGCACUGUGGAAAGCAUGACACUGCGAACCCUGUGGGAAAAGAAGUGCCAGGUUCUUAUUUUCUACCACUGUCCCUUCUACAAGCAAUACCCCUUCCUGUGGCCAGGAAAGAAGAUUCCAGCACCCUGGGCAAACACCACGAGUGUGAGCAAACUAAUCCUCUUCUUGGAGACCACUCUGAGCGAGCGGGCCCCACGCGGCUCCUUCCACGUCUCCCAAGCAAUUCUGACCCCCAGAGUGAAGACCAUUGCCCGAGGCCUGGUUGGUGGCCUCAAGAACACUCUGGUUCAUAGGAAUCUUCCUGCCAUUCUCGACUGGGUAAAAACUCAGAAGCCUGGAUCCAUGGGUGUCAACAUCAUCACAUCUGACUUCGUGGACCUGGUGGACUUUGCCACAACCGUCAUCGAGUUGAAUGACCUCCUACAGGAGGACAGAGCUUUGGCUAAAUGCUGAUUUAAUUUUUUAUUUAACUUAAUGUUGAAUUUGUUGAACAGGGUAGAGUUCUGAAGCGUUUCCUGUUAGGAUGGUCCCUGGGCAGUGAUGGUGAAAUAAGAGGAAGAGGACUAUUUUUUUUUUUUUCCUUCCUCACAGGGCCAUUUGGAGAAAAUUACAAGGCCUUUAAUUGCAUUUUUCCCAAAUGAGACUUUUAAAAAACUUAAGUCCAAGGGAAGAAAGCAUGUUCCGUGUGAUUAAAGUCAGGAUCUCCCCAAUGGCUUAUGGUAGUGAAUGGAAUAUGGAA